GCGCUGUACGCAGAAGGCGAGGUCACGCUGCCAUUGAUAUGAUGCAGAGCCCCUGGGAACCGCCUCUGAUUAACGCGGGCGGGCCGGCCGGACUCAGCAAUGCAGCAUUUUAGUUAAUAUCUUCCCGUGUGUGUGUCUGUGUAUGUCUGUCUGUCUGUAUUUUUUUUUUGGACAGCGUGUGAACAUUGCUCGCUCCUGCACUGUCGCCGCUUGUAUGUAAAGCCCGGGUGCUCUGGGGGAGAGCUGCUGUUUCACUGGAGCCAAGCCCUUUUCCGCUCGGGGAAGAAAUGAAUCUUCAUUCCUGGCUGCUACUGUAGUUUUCUCUGACUUUCCCCACUUCAAGCCUGCAGCAGUCUCUUGGCUCCACAUCUGAUUAGGCUCGUGUAGCAAAGUUUCAGCAAGAUGGAUUGUAAACGGCUUAUUUAUUUUGGGCGUCAGCUGGUUCGCCGUAAAUAUGUGGACUGCACCAGUGAAGAAACCAGACUCGCUCGAUGUUUGUCUACAGUGGACUUGGUUGCCCUUGGCGUUGGCAGUACCCUUGGAGCCGGUGUCUAUGUACUGGCUGGAGCUGUAGCCCGAGAGAAUGCUGGCCCCGCUAUUGUUAUCUGUUUCUUGAUUGCUGCUUUGGCCUCUGUGCUUGCAGGCCUCUGUUAUGCAGAGUUUGGUGCUAGAGUCCCUAAGACCGGCUCUGCUUACCUAUACAGUUAUGUUACAGUUGGGGAACUAUGGGCCUUCAUCACCGGCUGGAAUCUAAUCCUUUCAUAUGUAAUUGGAACUUCAAGUGUCGCAAGAGCGUGGAGUGCUACAUUUGAUGAGCUUAUCAAGAAACGCAUUGAGGUGUUUUGCCGUCACUAUAUGGCAAUGAAUGCUCCUGGUAUACUGGCAGAGUAUCCAGAUAUCUUUGCUGUAUUUAUAAUUUUACUACUAACAGGUUUAUUGUCUUUCGGUGUGAAGGAGUCAGCAUUGGUGAACAAAGUCUUCACAUGCAUCAAUGUGCUUGUGCUGUGUUUUGUCAUGGUCUCUGGCUUUGUGAAAGGGACACUCAAGAACUGGCAGCUCUCCGAAGAUGCCCUGAUUAACGGGACAAAUGGUUCUGACUUGGAAAAUCACACACAAGUAUCUAACUGGAAUUAUGGCUCUGGGGGAUUCAUGCCCUAUGGUUUCACAGGAGUGCUUUCAGGCGCAGCCACUUGCUUCUAUGCCUUUGUAGGAUUUGACUGUAUUGCCACCACAGGAGAGGAAGUGAAAAAUCCUCAGCGAGCCAUUCCAAUUGGAAUUGUUGCUUCCCUUUUGAUCUGUUUCGUUGCCUAUUUUGGAGUGUCCGCUGCCCUUACGUUGAUGAUGCCAUAUUAUUUAUUGGACAAGAAUAGCCCAUUACCAGUUGCCUUUAACUAUGUCGGAUGGGAUGGGGCGAGAUACGCCGUGGCUGUUGGAUCUCUCUGUGCUCUGUCCACUAGUCUUCUGGGUUCCAUUUUUCCAAUGCCACGAGUAAUUUAUGCUAUGGCAGAGGACGGACUGCUGUUUAGAGUGUUGGCCAGAAUCAACGAAAAGACUAAAACACCACUUAUUGCUACAGUUGUCUCAGGGGUUGUAGCAGCAAUCAUGGCGUUCUUGUUUGACCUCAAGGACCUUGUGGAUCUGAUGUCAAUUGGAACCCUUCUUGCCUACUCUCUGGUGGCUGCUUGUGUUUUGGUGCUCAGAUAUCAACCUGACCAGUUUUCUAGUGCAACAUAUCAAAUGGCAAACACAACUGAUGAUGCUGAUAUGAAUGAAUCAGUCAGUACUAGUGACUCUCAAGUAGGCGUUUUACCGGGAAGUGAAAAAUUUUCAUUGAACGCCUUGUUAUUCCCUGAAAGUAGUCUCCCUACCAAACAAUCGGGAUUUAUUGUUAAUACAUGUGUGUGUUUAAUUGGUAUUCUUAUCCUAUUUUUUUGUCUACUGGCUGUCUAUGCAAAAGAUCCUUUGCUGGAAGGGAAAGCCUGGUGUAUAGGCUUAGUUGUUGUUUUGAUUCUUCUGUGUGCGACUUCAACUGGUAUCAUCUGGAGGCAGCCAGAAAGCAAAACAAAACUGUCGUUUAAGGUACCUCUUCUGCCCUGUUUACCGAUUGUCAGCAUUCUCGUGAAUAUGUACCUCAUGAUGCAACUGGAUCGAGGCACUUGGAUCCGCUUUUCUAUCUGGAUGGCGAUAGGCUGUGUCAUUUACUUUAGUUAUGGAAUGUGGAACAGCUCAGAAUCCAACUCUUCCAGUUUGUCAGCUGACAGAACUGCAGGCGGCUUUAAGGAUACGGGCGCAUCUAAUAGGGAAGCAUUACCUCCAGAGAAGGAAGCUUUUCUGCAGAAUAACACAGAAUAUGUUGCGGAAAGUGGCAAUGGCGAGGUUAAUGUUUAAAACAAUGGAGGGAUCUAUUGCAAAUAUGCAACCAGUAUACAUCUUAGAAAUUUGAAAAAGGAACGCAGCUGAAUGAAUGCUGCUUGCAUUACACAGGGAGAAGGUCUUUUCUUCCCCCACGUGCACACUGGUGAAGGUUUUAAUUAAGUUGUUUUGCUGACCAUUGGUGUGCUUUACAGGCCAACACUGCUGCUAUGUGAUUUCAUUUUCUUGUUUUUUUUUACACCCUCCAAAACAAUGGUAGCAUUGAUUACUCCGCAUACAAGGACUAACUGAUUUAAAUAAAGGCUUAAUACAGAUUCAGAGCUGGUCAGAUUUAGGUAUUUAUUGGUAAUUAACUUUGAUAAUUGCUGAAAUGUUAAAAAUGCUAAUUUCCAGCUGGUGAUGUAUACAGAAAAUGUGGUUGGAUAUAUAUUUUUUGCAAAAAUAUUUUCCUGGUUGAGUGAGUGCUUAUUAGAUAGCUUUUUCUAGCAAGAGUAAUAGUAUCUAUUUUUAUUUGGGCUUAAGAAUCUCUGUACAUUACAUUUCCUUAAUUUCGUUGCAGUUUUGACAGUGCAGGACACGGUGUCUGGAAGUGAAUACUUUAAAUUUCAAUCCAUUGUAGGUUCAGUUGCAGAUUAUUUCCUCUAUUUUAAGACACACACAAUUUCUGAAACACUGUUUAAAAUCUUUCUUUAUAUUGUCAAAGAAAGGAAUCUAUCAGUAAUUCUUUUAAAAAAAAAUGUUCAGAAGCAGUUGUUCUGCUGAUUAGGUAGUUAAUUAUCCUUCUGAUUUAAUUUAUCACCUCAAUGUUUAGUCCUAUAGUCCAUAUUAAUUUUCCCUUUCAGAUAGGGAAUGUUACACCUGCUUGCCUUUAAAUGCAUUUCUGCAGAAACAAAAAUUAUGUUGUUGCAUUGACCUCCUCAAUGUUAUCCCUACAAUGGAUAAUUGUAUAGAUUACUUAUGGUAGUGAAUCCCAAUAAGUUGAAAAAGGAUGCAGUGUCUUGUCUUUAGCUAAAAGUGGCAAAGGAAUCUAAUCUCAAAGCUACUACAAGCACAUAUUUCCUCUCCUAAUGGAUCUAUCGAACAGAGUUCAGCCAAAGGCAGUCAUUGUCAACACCUUUAGAAAUAGCUUGAUGAACAUUGGGUCCAGCCGUGAAAGAUCAAUUAUGUGAACUCUCAAAUUGGAAUAGCGUUAUAAUGUAUAUUUGUAGAGCAAUAAAAACCUGGAAGAGCUUUUCACAGGAAUUAACAUGAAUUGGAUAGAGGCUGUUGAAUCUGUCCAAGCUUUGUUAAAUAGCAUGGUCUUUUCUUGUUCCAUGCUUUCUUUUGCACCUAGCACCCCAAGACUGGCCCUAAAUGAGCUUGAACUGUUUAGAUACUAAGAUUGAAGAAUGUAAUUGUACAGGCUUCUGAAAUUGAAAUCAAAUAGUUUGAACAGUAGAAGUGGACUUACAACGUAUGUAUAGUGGAUUUAGUGCCUUUUUCAAACGUUUUUGUGGAAGGAAUUACAGAAUCAACCACAAUAUCAAGAAAUACCAGUUAAGGUUUUGAUUACUUUUAACAAAACAUUGUGGGCCAUUGUGAUAAUAAAUAGAUUUUCUAAAAGAUUUCUUAGCAUCUAUAAUUAAAGCAGUGGACACUUCUAAUGAUGUGAAGGACAGAUGUCUCUCACUUUAAAAAAAAUGUUCUUCCCACCAUAUUUAACGUGACAGAACCUCAGUUACUGGAUUAUAAUCCACAUGGCCAUUAACUUGCCCAGGGAAGUUUGGGCUAUAGAAGCAAUCAUCACUAAAGGUACUGAAUGACCGUUUACACUGCUGCAUUAUAUCGAUGUGAGUUGCAACAAUUCUUGUUGAGACUUUAGCAGAGUAAGUAACAUAGCUAUACUGCCUGCUGUAAAGCCAAAGUAGCAGGACUUGGUAAUUAAUACCCUCAUGAUUAUAGCAUUAAAAUCCAUCUUUAGUUUUCUGCAAAAAUUCUUACCAAAGCCCAUGCAGAUCAUUCAGUGCAUUCAGUUGAUUUUGAGAAGUCACGUUACACUCCAAAUCGUAUUUAGAAAGAGGGUUUUUGGUAGAAAAUCUGGAAAGAAUUGGAGUGACGCCACUGGAGAUUGCAAAAAGAUCAGUUUGCUUUUUGUAUCACAUUGAACAUUUAGAUUAUAAUUAAAUACUGUGUAAUAAAUUACCUUAAACAAUACUUUGAACUCCACCUGGUAUCAUGUACAUCUCUGACUUUGUCUACAAUUAUGAUGCAUUAUAUUAUUGGAAAAUGGGGACUCUAGGUAAGUAUUAAUGACCUGUUUGAAGCCAACCCCAUGAUCUAGGACAGUAAGCUGUCUGGGGAGAGCAGGUCAAUGGGAAUAGUUUUAGAUUGCUGUAGCAUUGAACAGUUGGAGACAUUAUAGUCAUAGUUCAUUGAUUAACUAAAUUACUUCUAUGAUCCACCAGUGGUAACUAUUAUUGCUAUAAUAUAAUCAGGGAAUAAGUAAUACUGUUCACUUUUUUCAAGUCAUAAUAUUAAAUUUUUAUCACAAAACAUAAAGCUGAAGGUGACCAGUACUCAUAAUUCUCUGUAAGAAUCUUGACUAAGAGUGAAGGCACAUCAGGCAAAAACAUGUUUGCACAACUCCUGCUUUUUAGGCUGAAUCUUAGGGUUUUCAUCAGGAAAUAGUGCAUUGCAUCAGCCGGACAUAAAUUGCAAGCAGAAUUUUCACUCUGGAAAAAAACUCUCCCAAUGUGGAAGUUCUACAUGUCAACUUUUGGUUUAAGCUGAAUUUUAAGAGGUCAGUUUUCAAUCAGCUAAUAAUUACUGUAAUGAAGAUACUUGGAAAUAUGACUAACACAUAUGAAAUACAAAGGAUGACCAUGGCUAUCAUGUGGUUGUAACUAGGUAAUGCAUAUUAUGUAAAGAUAUGUAUCUGUCCUAGAAUUAUAAAAUGUCAGAACAAUGCAACAGAUCAGAUUGCAUCUAGGGAGAAAAUGUUAGGAGGGCCAAAGAUUGAUUGAUUGUUAACUGUGAGUUUAACUAGCAUAUUGGAAAAUCAAGGAAAGCAACCCUGAGACCACCUAGCAGGCAUGACCUUCAGUCAGUGCGAACAUGUAGAAUUAGCACAGUGUUUCUAUCCUGGUCUAAUAAAUAUAUAUCAGUUUGUUGAACUGAGUUAAUAUGCUAUUCAUAUUCUGAAAAUUGAGACCCUGGCUGUAUUUGAAAAUAAAUGAAUGCAGCUACAGCAUUUCUAAUUUGUGGACAUUUUAAUAUAAAUGCUUGUUUUUCGGUGGGGAAGCAGCACAGAGAUUCUGAUCCCUGUGGAAUAUGGUAGUUUGCAGAUUAGUACCACUAAAAGAGUAAUUAUAUAAUUUAGGGGUACAGGAUCAGCGAAGUUAUUCUUGAUUGAAAAUUAUGGUUCUCAAAUAUAUCAGACUCUGAUUAUGGUUUCUUAUUUUAAAUUGGAAAAAGUACAUAACUGGGACAUAUCAAGUUGGUGUGAUGUCUUGGAUGAUAUGCCUUUAAUGUUUAUGCACCGUUCUGUUAUUUUCCAAGAGGCAAAUUUCAUUGUAGAUGUUCAGAAUUAUAAUCUUUAAUCAAUAAUUAUGUAAUUGCAUCUCUUUAUAAAACAAAAAAUGCCUACAAGUGCACAAACAAUCAAACACAAGUACCACUAGAUUCAGGAAAGUUUGAACUCAAUAAAAUGAAUGGCACCAAUCUGUUAUUUUUGUUUUAUUUAUUUUUCCUUUUUUAAAUAAUGGUCAUUUUGACAUAUUGCAAGAUAUUCAGUUCAAUUGGGAUUGCAGGAAUUACCAUAAAGAUGAAAUAAGGAAGAAAAUAUUGCUCUUCCUCUGUUCUGAUGAUGAUGAUGAUAAAACUGAAGAUGAUACAGAAGUGUGGUUUAAUAACAUUUUAUUUUAAUAGCAGUGGGUGGAGUGCUUUGCUUGGUGCUAACUCUGCAUGCAGAGUAUAACAGAUAGAUAAUGUGCAAUCGGCUACUGCUGUGCUAUGCCUUCAGCCUUAAAAGAAAUUUUGAGUAGCACAAAAUAUAACAUGGUCAGACUUUUAUGGUUAUUUAUUAGGAACCUAUUAAAACUAAGGAGACAUCUCACUGGGUAUAACCUAAAGGAAAGUUAGCCUUAACAUUUCUUGUGUGAAUGUCAUUGGAGUUGCUAAGAAAGUGGCUGUUGCUUAUCAGUGAGAACACUAUCUGCCUUAUGAUAAGGUAUGAUGGCAUUUUAAUAAAAUAUAUAAGAAGUUCUGGAAACUACAUUUUGCUUGCUUGUUACAAGCAGAGCUCUUGAGAAAUCCUGCCUUUGCCCACUUGUUAAAAACUCUGCUGAAGUUGCAGACUUUGUGGAACUAUGAUGUGCUAGGAGGUUGUCUCUAGGGGGUGUUCAUUCUCCCUAAAAUAGUUUAAUCCAAAUAAUUUAUUACUUGAAAGAAAAAAGUCUGUCCAUUGAUAAGACUUCAAGAUGCCAACUUACAAGUUGGAUAUUUGUGUUUAAAAUUCUGGGUACAAAGGGUUUAGAAAACAUGGAGAUUAGUCUCUGUCCCAUUUAGAUUUCUUGGUUGGUGUGGAAUAUAGAAAAUUGGAGCAGGAGUAGACCUUUUGGCCUUUCAAGCGUGCUCCACCGUUUAAAAUGAUCAUGGCUGAGCAUUCUAUUUCAGUACCCUGUUUCUGCUUUUGCCCCAUCUGCUUUGAUGCCUAUAGCUCUUAGAACUCAUUCUUGAAACCAUUCAAUGUUAUGGCCUUAACCACAUUCUGUGGCAGAGAAUUCCACUGGCUCCCCAUUCUCUGGGAGAAAAAAAAUUCUCCUUCUCUCAGUCCUAAAGGGCCUACCCCAUAUCCUUAGAAUGUGACCUCUUGUUCUGGAAUCCAUGGUCCGUCCUUCAUGUACCCAGCCUAGCCCUGUUUAGAAUUUUAUACGUUUCUAAGUGAUUCCUCCUCAUUCUUCUAAACUCCCAGUGAAUAUUGUCCUAACUGAUCCAGUCUGUCCUUAUGUUGGGCCUGCCAUCAUGGGACUUAGUCUGGUAACCUUCAUUCCACUCCAUCCAUAGCUAGAACAUCCUACCUCAAAUGAGAAGACCAAAACUGCACACAGUACUCCAGGUGUGGUCUCACCAAGGCCCAGUACAGGUACAAUUGUAUAUCUCUGGAGGAAAGGGGUAAGCCCAUGCAAAUGGGGUCAUGACCUAUCUCCCGCAUAUACCUGGGCAUCCAUUUUUAGAAGGUACAAAUGGAAUAGUAUCAACUGACAAUGAGCCUUCCUUGCAUUCAGUUUGCACAAACUUGAAAUAGGAGCGUGUCUCCUGUCCUCUUUCCAGAGUGAGCCCUUUCUAAAUGGUGAAUCUACACUAGUGGUGCAUUAGGCUUACUUAAGUGAUCUGACCUUAAUGAUGCAGAGUAUUCUUGGAUUUAAAAGUCUGUGGCAUCAGAAGAGAUCAAGCAAGUUGGGCUUAUCCUCGUCAGUUUGGAAGACUGAGGGAGCUUGACAGGGUCAAUGUUGUUUCCUGUCAUGGGAUUCCACAACUAUGGGGCAAGAUUCCAAAAUAAGGGGCAUCCUAUUUAAGCAGAGAUAAGGAAACAUUUCUUACCUAAAUGCAUUUAGUCCUUGGGAUUGCAUUUUUCAGCAACCAGUAGAGGCUGGUUGAAUAUAUUCAAGGCGAAGUUAAACCAGUUUUUUUUAUAUUUAACAAGGUGGUCAAGGGUUAUAGUGUUAGGCAAGAGAGUAGAUUUAGGACCAGAGUCCAAUUAGCCAUAUCAUUUUAAAUUAUAAUACAGUAGCUUUACAUUGACCAUAAAAGUUUGACUACUAUAACUUUAAGAUACAGUUUCUUUUUAAAUGAUUUGUGAAUAUUUUCAACACCAAGUAUGGCUGUUUAAUUGAAAUCACUGCAUAAAUGUUUGGAAUAUUAAUGAUGGAUGUUGAAGUAUUGGUGUAUAAUAAUUCUGGGACAAGAUACAUAAUUCACACAACAUACUAAUACUUCACCAUUUGAAUGAAAAUAAAAUGUGGUUGAGUUACAAUAUGUUGCAGUACAAUAAUUAUCUAUGAUUGAAUCACUACAUAUUGAUAGUAUAUUAAAGUUUUCAACAUUGAUUCACUUAUGUUUUAUCAAUAUGUAAGCAUGUCAUUUUCUGAGACAAAAAUGCCUUUUUUUAAAAAAGUUGACUAUAUACAAAAUUGAAGCAAACAUGAACUAUUAUAUUUUCAAAUUACUUUGACUGUUUAGUGAUAUCAUGUAAAUAGCCUUAUUUGUCAAUACUAAAAGAAAUGGUCUACUGUAUAUAGUCAGGUGGUUGAGGAUCUGUAUUUAUGUAAAAAAAAUCUAAAUCAUACAUUUGUCUUUUGUUUUCCCUUUAUAGCAAGUUAUUGACUGGAGCAGUUGGCUUUCAAUCAAUGGGUGUUACAAUAUAUCAGUUUUGAUCGCAUGUUUUUAUUGUUUUUAAAGGCAGAUAUUUGACUUAGUAUUAUUUUGUUGUUUUGAAUGUGCAUCUUAUUCCUUUUCUGUAACAAAUAGGUUGUUUUGGCAUUAUUUGCUUUUGCUGACUUAUAAUGUAAAUAAUAAAGAGCAUUUUUUUAAUGGUA